GGAAGUUGCACGGGCAGCCUCUUUGCUAGAAGGCCCAGAGCCAGUUAAAGCUGGGCUCUUUGCGUGGGGCCGGCCGGCGCAUUCCGCAUCCUCUCCUCCCACUCGUCGCGCGCUCUGCGGCAGCAGCCCGGGAGCUCGCGCACGAGGCAGCACGAGACCCAUUGCGCUGCAGCCCGGAGCUCACGCCGCGGCGCGGCACUGGAAGCUCUCGGCGGCGGCCGGGAGCUCGCGCCCCAGGGAGCGGCGCGGGACUCUCCUCGCCCGGCGUUCAGCAGCAGCCCGGGAGCUCGCGCACCGGACAGCAUGAGCCGCUCCGCUCAUUCUCCGCGUUAGAGGCUCAGCGGAACGAACGCUCGGUAAAAGGGCAGUUAGCAGUAACCUCGCGAGAGUCGGGCGCGGGCGGGGGGGACUGAGCAGGCGCUAUGGCUGCGGCGGCGGCAGCGACGGUUGGGAACGGAGCCGUCACCCCGGCGAUCGGCGGCUCCUUCGCCGGUUCCUAUCGCCCCUUUGAGCCCCAGGCGCUGGGCCUGAGCCCCAACUGGCGCCUGACGAGCUUCUCCGACAUGAAGGGAUGAGGCUGCAAGGUCCCCCAGGAGGCGCUGCUCACGCUCCUGGCGGGACUGACGCGGCCGGAGGAGCGGCCCCCGCGGGCCCCCGGCCUAGGCCUCGGCUUCGGGGACAGCGGCGCGGAGGAGGCUGCGGGGCCGGUCGCCCAGGAGCCGGGGCCCGAUGCCGGGCCCUUCGUGCCGUCGGCGGCGGGCGCCAGCCCCUCCCCCCCCACCCUCGGCAUAGGAAUGGACUCCUGCGUGAUCCCUUUGAGACACGGAGGGCUUUCCCUUGUGCAGACCACGGACUUCUUUUACCCUUUGGUCGAAGACCCCUACAUGAUGGGACGAAUCGCGUGUGCCAAUGUGCUGAGUGAUCUGUACGCCAUGGGCAUUACCGAGUGUGAUAAUAUGCUGAUGCUACUCAGUGUCAGCCAAAAGAUGAAUGAGGAGGAGAGAGAGAAGAUCAUGCCUCUCAUGAUCAAAGGCUUUAGGGAUGCGGCCGAGGAAGGAGGGACAUCAGUGACUGGGGGACAGACCGUGAUAAACCCCUGGAUCAUAAUUGGGGGUGUCGCUACUGUGGUCUGUCAACCUAAUGAGUUCAUCAUGCCAGAUAGUGCAGUUCCUGGGGAUGUGCUGGUGUUGACCAAACCCUUAGGAACCCAAGUGGCAGUCAAUGCCCACCAGUGGCUGGAUAAUCCAGAGAGGUGGAAUAAGAUCAAGUUGGUGGUAACCAGAGAAGACGUGGAAUUGGCCUAUCAGGAGGCUAUGUUUAGCAUGGCCAUGCUGAACAGAACUGCGGCUGGAUUAAUGCACACUUUUAAUGCCCAUGCCGCUACUGAUGUCACUGGCUUUGGAAUCUUGGGACAUGCUCAGAAUCUUGCAAGGCAACAAAGAAGUCAAGUAUCCUUUGUCAUUCAUAAUCUCCCAAUCAUCGCUAAGAUGGCUGCUAUUAGUAAGGCCAGUGGGCGAUUUGGUCUUCUCCAGGGAACAUCGGCAGAAACUUCUGGGGGUUUACUGAUUUGUUUGCCCCGAGAGCAUGCCGCUCGCUUCUGUGCUGAAAUUAAGUCUCCUAAGUAUGGAGAGGGUCACCAAGCAUGGAUUAUUGGCAUUGUGGAAAAAGGAAACCAGACAGCCCGCAUCAUCGACAAACCAGGGAUUAUUGAAGUCACACCACGUGGAGCCACUGUACCUCUUCAUCCCAAUAAUUCCCAUGCUAGCCUUGAGCCUGGUUCAUGAGAUGGCAAAGCAGCAUUUAUUUGGACCUUAUAGACUUGGACACAAUCAUGGAUCAUUUUAAAGGACUACUUAUUGUUUUGGGGGAGGGGAAAUUUCCAAAGAAACUUGUUUGAAUGGUAAAGUUGCCCACUUUGGGUGACUUUCUUUAAUGAGCCAGUUAAGGGAAACAGCUGCUUUUGUGCUUCUUUCAAUGUCAUAAAUUAUAUUUUAGAUGUUUUCUACUCUCUGGAUGGGUUUGGCCUUCUCUUCUAUAGGAGAGAAGCAGAAUAAUUUUAUUUCCCCUUCCAGCAGCAAGAUGAAGCUGUUAAAGUUUGAGAAUUUUUCUUGAACUAUGUGAUUAGAGAGAUUGCUUGGUUGAUUAUAUUCAUAUAUAGGAAAUUAGAUUAUUUAUUGAAGGUGAAAGACACAUUGGAAAGAACUUAGAUCACAAGCAAAUAAGCCUGGAACAAAAACUUUCAAAUUUGUAAUAGGUAGGAUGGUAUUAUCUGGAAUUAUUUAUUGGGUAUUUUUUUUCCCCCUGAAGUGUUGGCUCUUCCCCAGCCUGGCCAAGAAGUGAGCAGCUUGUCCAAAGGUUGGGAAGUAAUGACCUGAAGCCAUUCUGCUAACCUAGCCUUUUGUCUCUAUUUAUGAUGCCUCUCCCAUAAAACCCUAUUAAGGGCUGGAAGAGGCUGAGCAAAACCUCAGAGCCUAGGCCUUGGUGUCUCUAAAAUGUAUAAUCUUAAGUUGUCAGUUCCUGGUCACUCAACUAAUAAAAGUUAAUUUUUAGAUCUCGAUAAAUAAAUAAAAUCUAGAUAAACUGUAUUCUUAGCAUUCCUCUUAUCUAUCAGUGUAGCAACACUUAUCAAAAAAGGAAAAGAGAGAGUCUGGCAUGAUGUGUUCCUUGAUGCCAUGCUGGUUUGCUAUGAGUACUGCAGCCUUUUCUAGAUACUCAUGGACGAUUUAUUUUCUAAUACAUUUUAUUAUUUUGAUAGGUAUCAAAGUUAAUCUCUCUGGCCUGUAUAGUUCCCUUUGUUGAAAAUCAGUACUUUACCCUUCUCCAAGUCUGGGGCACUUCUAUUCUGGAAAGUGUUCUAGACAGAAGAGAUCUGGUUUCAAGUCCUUCCUCUGACAGUAGUUAUGUGAUGAUCAUGGGCAACUCAUGUAAUCUCUCUGACCUUGUUUCCUGUCACUAAAAUAUAUUUGUAUUUACUUCACAGGGUUGUUAUGAGGUGCAAAUAAUGCAUGUAAAGUGCUUUCCAAAUCUUAAAUAUAUAAAUAUUAACUAUUUCAUAUAUCACAGAAAGUGGUUUAGCAAUCAUAUCCUCCAAGUCUUUUAAGUGAAGUACCCUGGAAAGUAGUUCAUGUGGGCCUAGUUCCUUGAAUUUAUUUAGUCAUGAGUCCUCAAUAUAUUCUUGCUUAUCUUAUGUUUCUAUUUGUUAUCCACUUUUGUCUGUCCUUUCCAGUCCAAAGACUAUUCCAUUUAGAAGAGAAAUAAAGAAUUGAGUAAUUUUGCCAA